CGCAGUGGGGCAUCGACAAUCAUGACUCUGAAGGUGUUGCUGGUGGUGGCCGUGGCGUGCCUGGGUCCGUCGCUGGCGGCGUUCGUGGCGACGGCCCCCGUGCUGCACGCCGCCCCCGUGCUGCACGCCGCCCCCGCCCCCGGCGCCGUGGUGGCGGUGCCGGCGCCCGGCAGCUCGGCCGCCGUCGUCUCCACCCCCGGCGGCGUGCGCGUCGCCUACGCCGCCCCCGGGCCCGCCAACUCCCUGGGGCCGGUGCUCUCUGCCGACUCCCGCGCCGCCCUGCUCGGCGUCGCCUACUCCGCCGCCCCCGCCGUCGCCCACAUGACCUACAGCAACGCGCUCGGCAUCAGCUACGCCUACUGAGGCGCCACGCAUUGCUCUCAAUAAAAAGCAAUAUCUAUUAAGCAAGUGCCGUUGUUUAACGAGUAUCUUUAAUUUCUUUAGUACCUCGACGUUCUUAGUAACAGCAGUUU